AUGCUUAACGGCCUUGAAAAACCUCCAGCAAGUAUCAGAAUUAUACCGAUAUGGUUCUCUUAACCUGUUGAGUUACAUGACACUAGAUGUGAAGAAUAUUCACCUUGUUGUGCAUCACAAAGAUAAACUUUUCACGGUGUAAGAUUAUCCAAGAAACUUUGGAAAUGUAGCCAAAGAAGGCUUAACGAAGAUAAUCCAUUAGGCGGCGUACUAUUUUACGAAUCCAGAAUCUAAAUUCUUCAUAUCCUGUCAGCCAUACCAGCAAUUCAACCGUUACCACCAGUGCCGAUGGCACCACAGAGCAUACAGAAGAUGACUGAGGAGGUACUGGGCGUAAACAUUUGUUGCAGCAGUACGUCAGCUCUCUGUCAGACAGGAAACAACGAUGGCAAGAACUGGAACUUCACGCCGUACCUCUAUCAAAGAGAAAUUCAGGCGGUCGAACUUCAAGGAGCAGCAAGAAAACAGCGGGAAACAAGACGAAGAGGAAGAUGGAAUACUGGAGUACGAUUCCCCGAGUGA